AGUAUUUUAAUAUUUAAGGAUAGUAUUACGAUAGAUAAUAAGUACACUAUUCGUAUUACAAAAAUGGCUAAAAAUCCUAAUACAACAAUAAGGUUUUUUAUAUUAACAGGCGAUCCUGGCAUCGGUAAAACUACUCUGACUAAGAAAAUAUCUUCGCUCUUAGAAGCAGAAGGUGUAAAAGUUAAUGGUUUUAUUACUGAAGAAGUCAGAAAUAAAGGAGUAAGAGAAGGCUUCGAUGUGGUUACUAGUGCAGGAGUCAGGGGCCGUUUGGCUAGGGACCAAGAUCUCAUCACUAUCCCUAUUAAGCGCAAAAUUGGUAAAUACGGGGUUUUUAUUGAAGAGUUUGAAAAUAUUGCAUUGCCAUGUUUAAACGAGACAACAUCACAACCAAACUUACUAGUAAUAGAUGAAAUUGGAAGCAUGGAAUUAUCUAGUAAAAAGUUUAAAAAUGUAAUCGAAAAUAUUUUUAGUUCUGAGCAAAAUUCUUACAAUGUUGUGUUGGCAACCAUACCUGUUAAAAACAGGUCUGCUCUUGUGGAGAACAUUAGAAGUCAUCCUAAAGCUAAAGUUUGGGUGAUUACAAAAAAGAAUAGAAAUAAACUACAUGAAGAAGUUAUAAACGAAAUGAAAUCUGUUUUGAGUUUGAUUUAACUUUAUUCAGUUGCAUGAUAUAAUGUAACAAUUAUAUGAAUAUUUUAAAAUUAAAUAGCAGUGGUGAAAUUGCAACAAAUUCUUAGGCAGUGUGCUAAGAGAGCUCAAAGAUUUUUUAAUUUAAGGAUGAGAAAAGUUUAGAGCAAAAUUUCAAUUAGCAGAAAGAUUAAGUUUAUGCUCUUGAGGCUUCUUAAUUUGUCUAGAAUACAAUGUGGGCAUGUAUGAUGAUUUGGUGAGAUGGGAGUAAUCAAAAGUAACUUACACAUCAAUUCAGAUGUAUCAAGAUAUAAUUCUUUAGACAGUAAUUAACUAUCUUAACAGAUCAUGAUCCAUACCUAAAAACAGUUCUUUCAGCAGAAAGGUCAUAAGGCUCACUCCUUGCAAGUGUUAUAAACUUUUCUGACAUCAUCAGAGUUGAAGACUGGCUAUAUCUAGUCCUGAUUUUAAUCUGUUUGAAUAUGCUCUAUGAUCAAUUUUAGAGAAUAAAGCUAGCUAUAAGUGCCAUGGCAAUUUGGCUCUUAAUAAGAUUGAAUUUUUCCAUAUGAUUCAAUAGAAAAAAAAAAUUGUAGAGCAGUAAAAUUUAACAGAUUUACUAUUUAUUGUUAGAAUUAAUGUUGUUAAUUAAAACUAAAAUGGACUAAUUAAAAUAAAUGACUUUAAACUAAUGUUUGUAAUACAAUACUAAUUAACUAUCGUGCAUUUAUAUUGAUAAUUAUUCAUGUAUUUUAAAUGUGCUACCUAUGCCAUGUUUUGGUCCAGUAACAUUAAGUGCAUCUAAUAAGACACUAAUUCUUUAAAUGUAGGUCCCUAACUACCUACCUACUACUAUGGAGGGUAGAGGUAAAGAGAACCGUCUCAUAUGGUGGUGGUCUUUACUGGUGGUAGGAGCUCUUGUGAGUCCGCACGGAUAGGUACCACCACCCCACUCAUUUCUGCCGUGAAGCAGUAAUGCAUUUCGGCUUAAAGGGCGGGGCAACCGUUGUAACUAUGUAUACUGAGAUUGUAUGAUAUGUAUAUUAGCGCUGAACGUGGGACACUUUUUCAAGCCCAUAUAUAUAUAUUUUUUUGCUUAAAUGGGUGGACGAGCUCACAGCCCACCUGGUGUUAAGUGGUUAC